CCACAGUUCCUGCCCCAGCAUAUUAGAUGGAUUACGUUACACUUGAGUACAUGCAUGUGGGUUUGAGACAGAAAGGUUUUGCACCGCAAGGUCUAUUUGUUCUCUCGCUGAAGUUUUUGAGCUUCACCAUGAGUUUGCAGCACUGCUACUGCUGCAGGGGUUGGAUGGUUUCAGAGCUGCUCUUGUUGAUUACAGGUCUCUGUCCACCCGAGAAGUCACAAAUGGACUGUAGAAAUGUAUCUGAGAACAGCAAGGAGAUCUCCAGCUCUUGUUUGGAGCCUGACUCACUGCUGCUCCCAGCAUCUGGCAGUGAUUCUUGCUCCUCCUCCUCAGCUGGACAACGAGUUGGGACAACUGCUGGGAGACCAGCAGCUGCAAAUGCUGCCCGGGAGCGUAGCCGAGUGCAGACCCUGCGCCAUGCCUUUCUGGAGCUGCAGAGGACCCUGCCUUCUGUCCCACCUGACACCAAGCUCUCCAAGUUGGAUGUGCUGCUCCUGGCCACCACCUAUAUUGCACACCUUACCCGUAGCCUACAGGAUGAGGAAGAGUUGCCUGGGGAGGGAUUGGGCACGCUGAGAGGGGAUGGCUACCUGCACCCAGUCAAGAAAUGGCCAAUGCGAUCCAGGUUAUAUACUGGAGCUACAGGACAGUUUUUGAAUCACUCAGUGCAAGCAGAAAAUGCAAACCAAGGAGAAACAUCAACAAAUUCACAAAGCUAAUCUACCUUGUCCUUUUUGAAAAUUGUGAUAUUUAUUACACCAGAUAUUUUUAAGUUAAAACACAUUUUCAGACAAACUAUAAUUUCUGAUAUAUUGUUAAUGGAUGAGAGAGAAUGGUUUCUUAAAUGUAUGUAAAACUACAUCAAGUAAAUGUGAAAUUUAAUUUGUCCCUAGCAGUGGUGGAGAUUGGUGAUAUCCAAAAUGUGUGUGCAAAACUGAAAGACAAUUGCACUCGGAGCUAAAUUAAAGCAGCGGGCAAUGCGGUGAUACUCUUAAUGAAUUAAUACAGACUAGGUACUGUACCAUACCCAGAAUGAAGGAUUCACAGAAUAUGUUAUGUAGGAGCAAAUGCAAUAUAAAUUAUAUACAGUGCAAUGCAAGUUUCAACUAAAAAGGAAACACAAGGAUGUCUAAAGAAAUACAAACAAGUUCAAAGAGAGAUACACUUUCUAUGCUGUGGAUGAAAUCCUGACUCCACUGAAGUCAAUGGCAGAACUCCCACUGACUUCCAUAGGGUCAGGAUUUCACCCUAAUAAUCUAAGAUCUUAAAUUUCUGAAUUUUCUCUGAAAAUGUGAAUGUAUGUUCAUUGUCACAUGAAAGGUGUCCUGUAAUCCACUCCUCACCCCAACAUCAACACAUGCAAACUGAAUAUAGAUUAAGUGUAGCAGUAAUAUAUGUUUACAAUAUAAAUUAAACAUUGCUUGUACUGGUCUGUAUUAUGGUGUCACACGUUAAAUGGUUUGAAAUGUACAAAAUGUGUUUGGGGAUUAAUUCAAAGGUAUAACUUGUUUGCUUACAUAGCAGGAAUUAUUUACUUUGUCUUUAAGGAAUGUGAUGUAUUCAAGAAAACUGAGCCUGUAUGUUAGGCUAAUUCAUGACACCUUGUUCAGUUCAAACAUUUGCUGUAAAUAGGCAACAGUAUAUGAAAUUAAAUACAUAGUGAGAUAUCAUUCAAUAGUUUCCAUUAUGUAAAACUUUGUACAUGGUUUACAUAACUUGCUGUUGAUGCUAAAAACUAACAUUUUAUUAAAUACUCUUAAUUAGAAACUUCUACAUAAAUUCAGCUGGGCUGCGAAUUAAAUUUUUUAAAUCUGCAUCAGCUUCAUUGCCAAUUGCACAGGAAACAAUAAACUUUUACAAUAAUCAUACUUUGCACCUUUUAUAGUAACUUCCAUUUGAGGCUGUCUUAAUGAUUUAGGCCUCACAAUUCCAUUUCACAGAUUAAUAAAAUUAAGCACUGAAGGAUCAAGUUUUGUAAAAGUGCCCACUAAUUUUGGUGCUUCGAUUUCUGUGUGGCCCACUUAGGACACUUAUGGUCUCACUUUCAGAGGUGCUAAGCAUUUCAGUGGGAGCUAAGAAUGAUCAGCCCCUCAGCAAUUUAGGCCCUCGGUGUCAUCCAAAAUCAGAGUGGACAUCCAAAAUCAGUAGAUAAAUCUGUAACAGGGUCCUAAGUGAGUUGCCCAACGUCAUAUAGGAAGCAUGCAGCAAACCAUGAACAGAACACAGGUCUUUUGACUCCCGGUUCUGUGCUUUAACUACAAGAUCCUUCUUUUCCUUUAAAAUAUUUUGUUACAAAACUUUUUCAACUGUGUAUAAUUUAAAGAUGGCGUAUUAAGAAAUUAAUAACUACUGAACUUCAUUGAUAAUAUAACAAAGGUGAGAAUUUCUCUGACAGAUGGAACAUUCUUCUAUCAACACAACUCCUGAAAA